GUCAGUACAGUUGUCAAAUUUUACAACACCACACAUGGGUAAAAAGGUUAUGUUUUUGGUAAUUUUAUUUAACUAAAAGUCGUUCAAUAUGAAACAAGAUAAUAAAAAUAAACAGAAAGGUGGCCGCCAAAAGAAAGUUCAGUUAUUUAAGCCACGGAAGAAAAAGACUCCCGAAGAAGACGCAGCAAUACAAUACCUUCAAGCGAGAUACGAUAAGAUUGUACCCGAUGAAAUUAAAACAUUCAAAGAUUUGCCACUCUCUCAGAAAACCCUAAAAGGUUUGAAAGACAAUAACUUUCAUACACCAACAGAAAUUCAGAGACAGGCGAUAGGAUUCGCGCUGCAGGGCAAGGACAUCCUGGGAGCCGCCAAGACCGGCUCCGGGAAGACACUGGCAUUCCUGAUACCCAUCCUGGAACACUUGUUUUGUAAGAAAUGGACCAGAAUGGACGGAGUUGGAGCACUAGUCAUAUCACCAACCAGGGAGCUGGCCUAUCAAAUAUACGAAACAUUGAGAAAAGUGGGAGGGCUUCACGACUUUUCUGCUGGAUUAAUUAUUGGUGGGCAGAAUUUAAAGUUUGAGAGAAAAAGGAUGGACCAAAUCAAUAUCCUCAUUGGUACACCAGGCCGGCUGCUGCAGCACAUGGAUGAGAACCCGCUGUUUGACUGCAGCCAGCUACAGAUACUGGUGCUGGAUGAAGCUGACCGCUGCCUGGACAUGGGCUUUGAAGCCACCAUGAAUGCAAUCAUUGAGAACCUGCCCCCUGAGAGACAAACAUUACUCUUUUCAGCAACUCAGACUAAAUCAGUGAAAGACUUAGCUAGGCUCAGCUUGUCCUACCCCACAUAUGUGGCCCCUCACGAGCAGGCGGACACAGUGACACCGGACGCCCUGCAGCAGAGCUACAUAGUCUGUGAGAUAGAUGAGAAACUUGGCAUUCUCUGGUCUUUUAUCAAAAAUCAUUUGAAACAAAAGGUGCUUGUUUUCAUGUCAACAUGCAAACAGGUAAAGUAUACAUAUGACCUGUUCUGUAAACUGAGGCCUGGUGUCAGUCUGCUGGCUUUAUAUGGGACCUUGCAUCAAGAGAAAAGAGAGAAAAUUUACAAUGAGUUUUGUAGGAAGUCUAAUGUAAUUCUGUUUGCUACUGAUUUGGCUUCAAGAGGAUUGGACUUUCCUAGAGUAAACUGGGUGAUACAGUAUGAUUGUCCUGAAGAUGUUGAGACAUAUAUUCACCGUGCUGGCCGAACAGCUCGGGGAGUCCUGGGUAAAGGGGAAGGAUUGCUUAUGCUUCUACCACAUGAAGAGAAGAUUGUUGAAGAUUUGACUAAAAGCAAAAUUCCCAUCAACAAAAUUUCAGUAGAUCCAUCUAAAGUAGUUGCACCACAGAGGAAAAUUGAAGCAUUGCUGUCUGAGCAUACAGAUCUGAAGCAAACUGCACAAAGAGCUUUUGUAAGUUAUGUAAAGUCAAUAUUUGUAAUGAAAAACAAAGAAGUGUUUGACAUUAAACUGUUAGAUACUGAUGCAUAUGCAAGAUCUCUUGGCUUGAUUGUUCCACCUACAAUAAGGUUUUUACAGAAACAUAAAUACAAUAAUAGCAAAAAGAAGGAUGAUACUGAAGAAGAAGAACAAGAAGUAGACACAGAUGUUAUUGAAAAGUUAAAGGCUAAAGCUAAUCUUGAGAGUGAUUCAGAACAAAGUGAAGGCAAUGAGGAACAAAGUGAAGAUGAAUCUGACAUUAAAAAAGAGCAAAUUAAAAAGAAAGACAUAAAUAAAAAGAAGCUGAUGAAACUGGACUUUCAUGGCAAUGAUGACACUGAUGAUGAAGAUUUCUUGACAGUCAAAAACAAAGUAAAUCCACAUGAAGAAUCAGAAGAAGAGGAACAACUAGUGCCACUAGAAGAAACCAACAAAUCUAAAAAGAAAAAGCCCCUGACCAAAGCCGCUGUGGCCAAAAAAAUACUAAAAAAGAAGCUCAAAGUGAACACAACUAUCAAAUUCACAGAGGAAGGUGAAGCAAUAGAAGAUGAAAAGCGCAAUCUAAAAUCUGAGCUGGCCAAACAGUAUGAGAGUGAGAAUGUUGGUGGCAUUGAUAUUGAAAAGGCUAAAGAAGUAUUGAGGGAAGAAGAUAAAUAUGAUAAACAAAGAUUCAGGGAAAAGGUAAAAGCUAAGCACAAGGAAGAAAAAAGAAAAUUGAAGAAUAAGAAAAAAGAAGAGGAAGGAGAGAAAGAUGACUUUGGGUCAGAAUCAGAAUCUGAUGGACCUGACCUUUCAUGGCUGCCAGAUCCUGAUAAAAUAUAUGGGGAAAAGAAUGCUAGUGAUGAUGAAGACAAUGAUGAUAAAGAGUCUAGUAUAGGAGGCAGUGAUAGGUUAGAAUCAGCUGAUGAAGAUGAUGAUGGCAGUGAUCAAUCAGAAGAAAAAAUGUAUCACAGGCCCUCGAAGCGAAGCCUCGUGACGAGUAAGGGCAUCCCCCAGGAGAGUGUGGCGCCGCGGAAGAAGAAGAAACUCGCAGAGAUAUCCUCAAAACUCUCCGUUCAAGAAGCAGAAGCUCUGGCUAUGCAGCUACUUAUGAAUAAGUAGUUAGCAGAAUACAAAUAAAGCCUCUUUGAAGCCUGCGAAUUUAGUGUACCUACCGAUUGUAAAUGUACCUAUUUAAAUAUCUAUAAAUUCAUAAUAAACCGCAUAAAUUUUAUAUGAACAAAUUUUGGGUUUUAUUUU